AUGGAUUUCGGACCAAAAGGACAUGUCAACGAAUCGCUAUGGAAAUUGUCUUAUGCUUUGCUCCUACAACGCCAGGACAGUCUCCACCAACGCCCAUCUUCACGCCUUUCUCGAAGCUGCAGGGCGCAUCGACUACCGCGUAAUCGCUUUGCAGGAAACAAAGUCCAAGACAUGCGGAAACUGAGUGAUGGCACACUCAUCAUUCGUGGAUGCUGUGGUUUUGUCAUACACCCAUCUGUUGUCCUCUUGUCGAAUCGCAUGAGAUCCCAUCACUUCGCCUGGCUAAUGCUAUUCAACUGCUAUUUUCAUCAGCAACUGAUGAUUCGGGACUUGGUGCCUUUUAUGAGGAUUUGGAGGAAGUCAUCCGCAAAGAAAACUCCUUCUAUAAGUUCGUCGUGGGUGACUUCAAUGCGAAAGUCGGGAUGCCAGAAGAAGGGGAACACAGGAUCGGGAGGUUUGGAUCAGGACUCCGGAAUGAGAAUGGUAACCGUCUUGUUAUGCUUUUGUCCGCCGCACGAUUUUUUCAUGGUAACUCCAUUUUCAUGA